CGAAUCAUCGCUAGUACAUAAAUACCUCGAACAUUGGUCGCAAACAGUGCAUGCGCAUCAUUUUCUUUUAAAAGAAUUUAAUUUUGCAUAGUUUAUAUUGUGCAAUCUUGUUGACAACCCUCUCGAUAUGAGCUGCGAAGGCCACAAAAUCACCAACGACGUCCCCGGUGACCCGCUCUCUACUAAGAGCAGAGUGCUCGAGACCGGCGCUGCCGUUGCACAGGAUUUUACGCCGAUCCGACAAGUAUGCGCGCAUCUCAAUGCGUUCCACGCCUACGCCGAUGAGCCUGGCCGAUGUGUCGAGACGAAUCAUUACUGCACUCAUGUCAACGAAGAUAUGCGCCAAUGCAUCCUCUAUGACGGACCGGGUCCCAACGCGCGCUUGUUGGGCGUCGAAUACAUGAUCACUCCUAAACUCUACGAGACACUAGAUUCUGAAGAGCGCAAGCUCUGGCACAGCCAUGUGUACGAGGUCAAGAGCGGCAUGCUGAUCAUGCCUGGUCCUCAAUUGUUGCCCAACGCGGCGUGGGAAGUUGCUGAAACCAAGGAAAUGGAAGAUGUCGUCUUCCUCUACGGCAAGGUGUAUCACCUUUGGCAGGUUGACAAGGGCCACCAGUUACCCUUGGGCACACCGAAAUUGAUGACCAGUUUUACGGAGGACGGUCAGUUUGACUUUGAGAAGUACGUGGGCGAGCGUGACAGGCGCUUUGGCGUGGAUUCCAAGCAAAAGGCUAGUUUGAGAGAGUACAUCAAAGAGCCGGAGAUUCACCCGGAUGCGGAUGCUGCUUGGAAAUCUGGCGCGAAGUCGUAAAUUCCUACCGGCCCGGUCUGGCCACUGGCUGUUAGUAAUACUUGAAGUAUUUGUUUUGAACCAACUCUACUCACUUUGGACGCAAGUGGUUUACGUGCAGAGGCGAAUGGCGUUAUUCUCGGUGGGAAGGGGGGUAGCAUAAAUCUAACGACGAUAUCCAGCAUGAAGCCGCCCAAAGCGGCAUAAAAAUAUGAAACAACAUUUUGUAUUCAAAAUAUGACUUUUAUUCUGAGCGGA